GUAUGUUCCUUGGAAGAAAACUGGCGUCUGUGCAGAACACUGUAAAGUACCUUGGAGCAAACCUGGCGUCUGUGCACAGCUCUGAGGAGUCCCAAUUUCUACAGGCGGUGGUGUUGAUCAAGACUGGCGAUUUCCCUCUGACCUGGAUUGGAGGAUAUGAUGCUGUUCAGGCAAAUGUGGAAAAGGACAGGCUAUGGUUCUGGAGUGACGGAUCUACAUUUGAUCACCAGAACUGGGCGAAAGACGAGCCCAAUAACUAUAACGGUGCCAGAGAGCCAUGUGUUCAGAUGAACUUUGGAGGUAAAGAUGCCUGGAAUGAUGAAUUAUGUGGAAGGAGAUAUCCCUCUGUGUGCUCCAUAAGGACCUGUUCAAUACAUCCAACUAUCAACUGAAACCAAGCAUUCUACUGCGUAGUGUCAGCAACCUAACUGAAAAAUGUUUUUGGUAAAAUCAAAUACUUUAUGAAGAUGAUUUUUUUGCUGUAAAAUUAAAGUUUAGUUACUUGCU